CAUGACAAGGUAGAUUGGGCCGCAGCUGACAUUCAGCUGCUCAGCCUACUUGAUCCACACGUCCCAUACUAACACAUUAUCUGGUACACCUCGAUGAACUCCCCCCUAGUCGCCUCGAAUUUCCCCAAAUGCCUGUCGGAUUCGGUUUCUCUGUCGGUGACUUUAUCGCCGUUCUCAACCUGGUCCGAACCAUUAUCGAUGCGCUCAGGACGACUGGAGGCGCGAGGGAUAGCUUCCACGAGCUCAUCCGACAAUUGUAUGCGCUUGAAAAGGCCUUAAUACGAGUCAAAGAUGUCGAUUUAGACGAUGAACAGGAAGGAGACAGAAUUGCGCUUCGGCAUGCCGCAUCUCAAUGCCAGCAAACAAUGGACGUUUUCUUAUCGAAAAUAACCAAAUACCAGCCGCAUCUAGGAGCGGCAUCAUCGGGAUCAGCACCUAUGGCGAAGGCAAAGGCCGCAUUCAUGGCCAUUCGAUGGGCUGUAUGUAAAGAGGAGGAUAUUGUGAAGCUCAAAGCCGACCUGAAUGCUCAUGUCAUUUCUAUUGAGCUCCUCUUGCUAGCCGUUCAGAUGAACAAAGCUUCCCUCGAUGCAAGGAGGGAAAAGCACAGAAGCAGCUCUCUCGUCAGUCGGAUGCGCGAUAUCGCGGAUACCUUCCUACAAAAGUUCGCCAUGAUCACACAGCAAGUGAAGGAGUUGCAAGACAUGGCUCAACAAAUUGUCCGCGUGAACUUCCAAAUCUUCCACAGCGUAAUGGCGAUUCACAGAGUUGUCGUGCGCGUCCCGCCUACCAUUCAACGAGAACAACCGGUGACACUAACGGAUCCAUUCGGACGAAUUAGUCCCUUUCACUUGGACUUCAUCCGUUCUAAAGAGUGCUUUAUGGCAGUACUACGAAUCCACUUCGAAAAUGCGGGCGCAAGCACCAUCAAGCUUGAUAGAGGGGAGUAUUUUGUCGAAGAACUAUCUACUAGGUGCCAAAUCAACCUUAACCAAGAAUGGGGUGCUUGCUUUCAGCCUGGGCAACAUGUCGCAAUGAGUGUGGUGCUCAAGCAUCUUCGACACAGCUCUUGGAAUUCCUGCCCCAGUUGCCAUACAGAAUGUGUGACAGGGGACAACGAAGCAACUGAAUGCCCGAAAUGUGGAAUAACUUUCCGGAGGAUCGUGGAACUCACGGACGAUAAUCCUCGCUUCCGCACAUAUAGGGUACCUGCUGCCGGAGUCCCGCUGGCCAAACAUGCUACUGCCCCUGACCCUCCUUUUUGGCCCACUGAAUCGAACAUCAUGGAAUCCCAGAGGUUGACGAUAUCAAAGGUCGACGUCUUUGGUAGUGCAUUGCGCUCUCAGAAUGCCAAACCUAUUUCUCAAUCAAAGAGAAAGCGGGCGCCUGAAGAAGAAGCGGAUAUUCUGGGCUUGAAGCGGUUUCGUCGACUCGGAUACUAUCCGCCUGAGGGUCGAGGUUCGAAAUGCGAGUUGUGGGCCAUUUGGGACCCCAAAUCGAGCCGAAAAACGCUACAAGGGGUAUGCACGACGGCCAUAUAUAAUGUUGACGGAAACCCCUUCUUGAACGUCCGAGAAAUACGGAGCAAUGGUUGGACACUGGUCCACGAGGAUUUGCUGGACAUGGAUUGCGAUAUCUGUACGAUGGGUAGCGGUCCGGAUGGUAUGCGUCAUAUCAAAUCUCUUCUUCGAAGCUAAUUUGGACCGCCCGAAAGAGCGUAUCAUCCUUUUCGCCGGUACCUUGAAGUAUCCGAAGUACACGAAAGGAAACCCGCCUCUAGCGCACGCGCUCUGUUUCGAGAGCGACUAUACCU